CCACGAUGACGUCAAAAGUAGUUGACCGCAGUGCAGUGCCGGGGGGCUGCGGAGAUUUAGCUCAAGAACUUAUAUCCGAAUAGUUUCGUAGCUGCACGAACCACUUUAACGAGUGCCCGGAUGUUAUAAACGUCUAGCUCACAGAACAACGUCCUAGGACUCAAAAGAAGAAAUGAUGCGUUGACUGUGCAUCCGGCUUUGGAUUCUGUUUCACUGACAGUCCUCUUGUUGAGCUCCAGACAGGAUGCCCUACCACUGUGUGGCCUAUGGAUGCGGCAAAACUGCAGAAGAUGGUGUGACAUUGUUUAAAUUCCCCAAGGACCCCGAGGAGUUUCGCAAAUGGGAAAAGCAGGUCCAACGCACCCGUGCCCUGUGGGUCGCCACACCCAACUCUCACCUCUGCAGCGAGCAUUUUGGCAAGGAGUACUUUGAGCCCAGGCCGCCCACGGCUCUGAAGCUGAAGCCGGGAGCUGCUCCUACAGUGUUCGUCCGUCCGCUCUGUUCCUCCUGCGGGGGAGUUGGCUGUAGCAAAUGUCUGCCUGCUAUCCAGCGGCGAGGCAUCGCAGCUGAGCCGAGAGAGCAGAACACUAAUGCUGAACACAGUAAAAUGGAUGAGACUGACAGAGGUGGUGACCAAAAACAUGUCUCAGGAGGAGUGGUGAAGCUAGGGGAAAAAGACAAAGAAGAACGACCAGUGGUAUGUGAGAUGUGUGGCACCACCGGCAACAUAAGCACCUUCUUUUCAAAGACCAAGCGUUUCUGCAGUAUAUCCUGCUCACGCUCCUAUUCAUCAAACUCCAAGAAGUCCUCCAUACUGGCACGUCUGCAGGGAAGGCCCCCUUCCAAAAAAGCUAUAGUGUGGAACAAGGUGAACAAAGCUCCUCCAGCCCAAACAGGACAGGAUGAAUCAGGUUUUGAGUGGGGCGCUUACCUGGAGAGGGAAACGUCCCUGGCUGCUUCUGUCUCCUGCUUCAGACAUGCUCCGCUGUGUGCCCAGUGGGACGACAUCACUUUAGGGAUGAAGGUGGAAGUCCUGAACACUAACGCCGUCCUGCCCAGUAAAGUCUACUGGAUCGCCACUGUUAUCCAGAUUGCAGGAUACAAAGCUCUGCUGAGGUACGAAGGCUUUGAGCACGACAGCAGCCACGAUUUCUGGUGCAGCCUCGUCUCAGGAGACCUGAAGCCGAUCGGGUGGUGCGCCAUGACGAGCAAGCUGCUGGUGCCACCACAAGAUGUGAAGCAGAACAUCCCAGACUGGAAAGAGUAUCUGAUGAAGAAGCUGGUGGGCGCCCACACUCAACCUGUUGACUUAUGCCUGAAGCUGGCGGAGAGCAUGAGGACCUCCUUCAGAGUGGGAAUGCGUGUGGAGGUGGUGGACCCCAAACAUGUGAGCCGGACCCGCGUGGCCAUCAUAGACUCCAUUAUUGGCGGCCGUCUGCGGCUGGUGUAUGCGGACCAAAGCGACGCCCCCGAGAACAUCGUCUCUGACUUCUGGUGCCACAUGUGGAGCCCCCUCCUGCAUCCGUUGGGCUGGUCCAGCAAAGUGGGUCAUGCCAUUAAGGCACCUGCAAACUCUGUGGAAGCUGGUACCAGUGGCUUGAAGAGUAACUCUGACAGUACAUUCCUGCUCUUUAAAAAGCCCAGGGUCGUCUACAUGGAGGGAAGUUUCUUUGAAGAAGGGAUGAAGCUGGAGGCCAUUGACCCUCUCAACCUGGGCAGCAUCUGUGUGGCCACUGUACACAAGGUGCUGUAUGAUGGCUACCUGAUGGUCGGUAUUGACGGCACCAUAUCCAACAACGGCUCUGACUGGUUUUGUUACCACGCAUCCUCUCACGCCAUCCUUCCUGUUGACUUCUGUAAAAAGAACAACAUCCCUCUCACUGUACCUCAAGGUUAUGACUCUCAGACCUUCACCUGGGAAAAAUACCUGAAGGAGACCAGAGCUAAAGCUGCACCGGCGCGACUGUUCAACACUGACUAUCCAGGUCACGGUUUCUCCGCCAACAUGAAGCUGGAGGCCGUGGACCUGAUGGAGCCACGCCUGGUGUGUGUGGCCACCGUGAAGCGAUGUGUUGGUCGCCUGCUGCUCAUUCACUUCGACGGCUGGGAGGAUGAGUUCGACCAGUGGGUCGACCACGAGUCCCCGGACAUCUACCCCGUGGGUUGGUGCGAGCUCAUGGGCUACCAGCUCCAGCCACCUCCUGGACUUGUUGAUUUAAACACAAACCAGGUGGUACGGAACAAGAAAUGCAAGCCCUUUAUGUAUGGGAAAAAGAGAAAGAAGUAUGCGAAAAAGAGGCUCUCUGAUGAGCAAGCUAAAGACGACGCUGGUCAGCAGUCUGAGAUCACUGGCACUAAUAGUCCUCCAGGGCUCCUAGACCUUCAGUCUCCCUCCAAAGUGCCACUCAUCCAGCCCAAGACUGAGCCAGAGGAGCAGGAGAUCUUUGCAGUGCAGGUAAAAGUGGAAGAGGUGGAGAUGGAGACUCCCAUUGAUCCUCCAGGCAACCCUGAGCAAGUCUGUCUGGGCGUAGUCAAACAGGAGGACAGAGGGGAGCAGAGUAAGUCAGGACAGAAUGAGGUGCCAGAGCAGACCAGCUUGGAAAACGUCACACAUGAAAAGACACAGAAAAACACAGCUGCAGAAGACGGAGGUGACGAGCAGGGCCCAGUGGAGGAGAGCUUUACGAGUGAAAGCAACAUGGAGCAGAGUGAAAAUGAAGGACAAACACUGCAGCAAGAGGGGAGCAGCACUGAGCAGGAGAGGCUGGAGGAGUGAGAGCAAAUAAACAGCUAUCUAAAGCUAUCAACAAAAACACUGAGCUUCGUCAGAAAUACAACAGAAGAACAACACGUUUAUCCGUUUACUGCACAGCCAAACAGACCCAAACUGUUUUAAUAAAGAAGUCGACCAGUAAUAAUUGCAACCAUGAUUUGAUUUCAUCCAACAGCAGAGCAGAGGAGUUGGUUACUUGUCUGGGACGUGCAGAAUGUCAGCUGAAAAUCUGACCACAAAAAAAAAAAGAAAAAAGCCAAUGAUUGUGGUUGGUGACAAGUACGUUUCUUUCCUGUGACUGCUUCAAAAUAAAAGCCCUAAGUGGAGCAGCAUCAAGGAGAGUUGGGGCAGUAUUAGAGCAUUAGCAGUAACUUCAGAAACCUCUGAUACAGCCUCAGGUAGACAAUUUGAAUCGAGUGUUGGACUGGCAGAGUCUUCCACUAACGAUGAAAGGUCCUUUAAAAUCAUGACCACAUAUAGUAUAACAUAAAGGACCAGUUUGAAACUACCUCACUUACACUCUGUGGCAGAAGUGAUUACUUUUGACUUCUCUUGUUUUUGUUGAGUUUAACAAGCUGAUAAUUGUUAUAAUGUUUUGUUUUAUCCUGUUUCAUAUCAAGAUUUAUUAGUUUUUUGGAAAUAUGAAAUCACUGAUUUAAAAAAAAGUUUCUUUCUGCA